CAUAUGGUGCACUCGCGCUACACACGCCUUGACUCAAGGCUAGUACUCACACGGCCUUUGUACGUGGGUGUCAUUGGUUCAUUGGCUUGUUGGGUGGAGCUUAUGCAAAUCCCUGGCGUCCGCGCGUAAAUUGAACGGAAAUCGUUUGCGCCGAAACUAUGGUUUGCUACAAAUCUUACGGAAUUUUUCACGAAUGCUUCCCAGUUAAAUGACUCUGAUUCAACAUUUAGGGAACUACUUGUUAGUGUAACAAGAAAGGGAAGGUUUUCUGAAGCAGAACUCUUAUGAAGGAUAUCUUUAUACGCAAGUUGUGCGAGUCAGAAUUUCGGUCAUCGGUUCAGUGGCGCGCCAUAUUUUGUCAACGCGCCGGUUGGCUAAUGCUAACGCUGUUCUCCUCCAGCUUCACACAAUAACGUCCGGUGAAAAAGGGAUUGGAAGAUGGCAGAUUUGGCUUCCAGCAUGUCAAGCUUUCUGUUUCCUGAGGGAUUUCAGCCACUUGAUGGAUGUGAUGAGGACCUUAAUACUGAACCAGUCAUCAGGUUAUCGUCUUUCCAGCAACAUAACCAGAUGGAGAAAGGAGACAAGACCCUCAGUGUAUCGUUCCAGGAACCACUUUCUGACGAAAAUCCCUUUCUUGUCGGUCAGGAAGUAGCUGUUCAGAUGGAGCCCGAAGUGAGCCCAUCAACGCCGAACAAACCCUCAGGACUCCUGCCGUGUCUGAGCCCGCUGACACCCACCACCAACCUCAAGGUGCUAAUCAGUGCUGCCAGUCCAGAGAUUCGGGGCCUGGAUUCUCGGCGGCAGUUGGCCCUCUUCAGUGCUGUCACAGACCACACAUCCCUGCAGGAAGAACAAGUCGUGGUUGCAGGAAUGGGGGACAUGCAGGAGGAAGAGGUGGAGACAGAUUGCAUGUCACAAGGAGAGGAUGGCGUCGAAGAGGGUGACAAACCAAUCAACCGGAAGGCCAAAUCGCUGGGUCUCCUUUGCCAAAGAUUUUUGUCCAGAUAUCCAGACUAUCCCAAGAAUGGUGUUGCUAUGGCAAUUUCUUUGGAUGCCAUCUCCAAGGACUUAGGUGUGGAGAGGCGUAGAAUUUACGACAUUGUCAAUGUCUUGGAAAGUAUAGAGAUGGUCUCUCGGGUUGCCAAAAAUAAAUAUUUGUGGCAUGGCAAAAUGAAUAUGGAAUCUACCCUGGCUAGACUCAAGUGCCUUGGUGAGAAGAAGAGAUAUGCUGACCAGAUUGCCCAUCUCAAGAAACUUCAGAUUCAGAGUGAGUUCAGCGACGAGAUGGAGCAACUGUCCAAGCAGCCAUUCCGGGAUGUCAGCAACAUUGGCUGCCAGCCCCAAGACACCGACGACAAAAAAGAGCGGGACAUGAUUGAGGAAGAUAUGAAUAAUCGACGGGACAAAUCUUUGGGUGUCAUGAGUCAGAAGUUCAUCAUGCUCUUCUUGGUUUCCCAGGCUAAAGUCAUUACAUUGGAUAUAGCAGCAAGAGUACUGAUAGGUGACAUCAAUUAUGAAAUCAGGGAAGGGUCAAAGUUCAAGACCAAAGUGCGGCGUUUGUACGACAUAGCCAACAUCUUGACGAGCCUAGAGAUGAUCAAGAAAGUCCAUGUGCAGGAAGGCCGGGGCAGAAAGCCAGCAUUCAGGUGGAUUGGCCCAAACCCAGACACUAAUCACGUCAACCUCAGUGAUGUUUGUGUAGAGAACGCUGCUCCUUCCCGACAGUCUUUCUUCUCAACACCAGCUGCUCCGAUAGCCACUUUGCCUCCUCAAGAAACACAGCCAUCAUCAAAACCUCCCACGUCCCAUUCGAGAGGCCCCAAGAAGGUGGCUUGGUCCCGGCAUGCCUCCUUCAACGCAAUCUGUGAAGUGGUUGAGAGGGAGAGACGAUCCUACUCCUCGGCGCCAAACAGUCCCACCAAAGACAGCCAAGAUGACAAGUCGCCCAAAACUCCCACAGAUGAGAAAUUUCGCAAAGAGUUUGAAGCUCUGCGCUCCAAGUAUCCAGACCAGAUGUCCCAGAUUUACGUCACUGAAAAGCAAAGUGCACCUGAUGAAGACGCAGGAACCCCAAAUAGACCUUGCCCCAGCACUUGUGUACCUAUGACAAGUCCUAAAUGCACUCCAGGAAACACGGCUGGGGUUACUCCGCUCAAUGCCAAAGUGAUAGUGUCCCCUCUCCCUGGCUCCCUUCCCAUUGGCACCAGUCAACGUGUGACUACCACCAUCCCAGUCCCAGUGUCAUUCAGUGUCUUCAAACCUGACCCUAAGGAAAACAACAGUCCAGAAGCCAUUCCAAGUCCUGGUAGAGCUUCCGAGCCUUCUUCCUCUCAGGCCAAGUCUGCUCUCGGUGGCCCUGCUGCAAAGGCACCUGGUCAGUAUUCUCUGUUGACAGACACUGUCAAUGCACUCCACAUGGUGUUGCGCAACCCAGACACCAUCAGACGCAGCAAGCGCACCAUCAAGCAGCCAAACAGCUGCGAGUUCGAGUACCAGCCAGUGGUGAAGAGGAGCAAGAUGGAGCUAGAAGCAGCCUUGGCGCUCCAGCGUGGUCGUCAAGACCUUCCCAGUCAGACCCAGUACCUGAAGAUCCCUGUUGAUGGGAAGCUGCUUCAACAAACCACUGGGAAACCCAUGCAAACUGUCAUCAUCAGAAGGGAGAUCUCCGUCUUGCACAAAAACUCUCCCCUAUCAGUUAGUGUCGCAGGGCAAGACCUAAUAGCAAGAGGAAACACAAGUGGCAAGCCUCAAGCACCUAUCACAGCUACCCUAGUACCUGGCACUAUACUUAAAGGAGAACAGCCAGGGCUGGCUGGCCCACGGCAAGCAAUCUUCGUCAAUCAUGUUGCUGCUCUUCCAAUAAAGACUGUAACCCUAAAGCACCAUGCACCUCAUGACGUUCCUUGCGAUUCUCCUCCGCAACCUGCCCCCCAGGGAUUGCACACUGACCAGGACGCAAAACUCCUGUGUGUAGAACAGCUGAGUGAUACAGACGAGAUCAUGGCUUCACAACAACCGUUUCAUGAAGUCGAGUGUGAAAAGACUGUCCACUGUGCGGAUCAGGGAAGACAGCAGGGUAGUCAGCAGCACAUGGAACGGAAGUUGGACGAAAAAGGUUUGAGGCUUGACAAAUCCAGAGUUAGAAACAGGAAAACGGGCAUGCAAAGAGAACCAUGUACAAAGAUAACUAAUACCGCAGAAACCGAGACAUCCUCAUGGCAAGAGGGAAAUGGGCCAAGACAAACAUCAAUCAAGAAGUCCAAGAGGCCAUCCACAGCCAGAGCUCUCCACUUGUGUCCCGAAUUCAGAAAUGCACAGGUUGACGGUCCAAAUAGCCCCGGGUUACACUCAGUCAGUUCUUUUGAGGAAGGUACACCUCCACAGCGUGAGAUGAAUAGAGAUGGGUAUGGUGGUACAGAAAACAGCAGUAAAAUGCAAAGGGACAAUGACGGAGUUGGAUGGGCUACAGUGACAGGUAACGAUGAAGUUGCAAAAGAUAGGAAAACAAGUAGUAACAGAAAGGAUAUCAAGUCAGAUGACGAGGAAGAGCCAUUGGCUUGGCCAUUACAUUACUCAUCGGUAGAGCCAUCCAAGCAGGACAAAGCAAUGAGUGCCAGACAGCCAUGUCUGUCUAAUCCAGGGCAUCUGCAGACAAACUCCAAGUCUCUUCCCUGCUCACCGUUCCCUGCAUUCAGCCCGGACAAUGGCAACUGCCCAUUCCUGGCCAACGUCUCCAACAGGCCCAGGUCACGUUCCAGUCUUGGGGUGUCUGAAGCCUCCCGGUCGCCGUUUGGGUUUUCCGGAAUCCGCGGGGGCAGUCGAGCCAUGUCUUCAGUUUUAGCCUGUGGGAUUGAGGACAGUCUUCAUCAAAUGCAAUCCUCAGCUGUUGUGCCCUACGCCCUCAGCCUCUCACCCAUCCCAGAUUGGAAGCUUCCGCCGCCCGCAUGGAAGUCUCACAGCAGUCUAGUUCGAGAAACUAACUGGCCACUAGUCAUUCCACUCAGUAUGAAAGAUGCCUACAAUCUGUCUCAUUCUCCGGUACAUUUGGUCUCUGGCUGCCAACCCACGCAGACAUCUAGAGAUUCCUUUCCAGGUUUCUCUUUGAAAGGCAUAAGCCCAUCACCGAGUCUCAUUCGUCCAGUGCUAACCUCAUUUCCCAGGAUGGCUUUUUCACAGGGUCAGACUCGGAAUGUGUACCCUCAAGAAGUAUCUCUUUCCACCCUCUCACGAGACCAGACACCACAGUUAUCUAGGAAUUUGUUCAGACCAAUAUCCACAAGAAACACCCUGUCGCCGUCUUUCCCUUCAGAUCAGAGCCUGUCCAGUGGCAUUCUGUCCCAGUCUUGGGAUCUCGGAGCUUUCGUUCCACAGGCCUCACCACUGCCAACCCCUAAGUGCAGCCUCUCACCUCUUGUGGGUUACCCUCGCUCACAGUCUACACCUGUGAUAGGUCACAAGUUGCCUCCCCAGUCAUGUCACCCAUCUUCGCUGCAAGCUAAUGCAAUUUCACCUCCAAGUAGAAACUUCCACAAUCUUGGCAGCAGCCCAUCAACGAUUCCUACAGGUACUCAGCAAACCAUCAGCGGAAAUGGUUUGGUGUACAUUUCAAGUUCUUGCAUGUUGUAGGAUCUUGGAAAUGUGCAUGUACCACCUACCUAAACAAAUCUCUUUAAUGGAAAACAAAUUUACAAUAAAUAAUGAAAUCUUUGACUCGACCCGCCAUUGUACUGAAUACUUCGAAUAUAUUUACAGGUAGUUGUCGAAACUGACAGGAUUUUAAUUGAUAGCUUUUGCUUUAUACAAUUCCCUCUUAUUCAAUGUUUUUAAAUUGUAGUAUGUAUCUUUUUUGAAAUGUGGUUUCGCAUGCACAUUGACUGAAAUGUGUCCUUUUUUUUGUCUUAUUUUAUAAUUAGGCGUCGGUUUUUAAAUAAUCCAUACAAAACACGUGAUCAUUAUUCAAUUCUGCAUUAGAAAUGCUGAAUUAUUUCAGCUCUUACUGAUGUAAAGUCAUUUUGCAGUCAAGUUUUUUCAAAUUGUGUAUGAAGUUAACACGAGAUUUCAAACUACUUAUAUAUGUAUUACAAUUAAGAUUUUGUGGUAUCCAUUCUGCAAUGCCCACAACUACAUGUACCUUGAAACCAGCAUUGUUCAGUAUUUGCAUUCCAUGUACAUAAAAUGUUCACUUUAAUAGUUCCUGUAUCAUUUUCUGUCAUCAGGGUUGAAAUUUUGAAUGCGGUAAAAACUCGGGAGUGCUGCUUUUCAUCAGUGUUGACCCAAACCCACAAAAAGAUAAUUUUGUGGGUUUUUUUUGUCAGCAUUUUAAUUUGAAUUCACCGGUAGGCCAUUUUUUCAAUGGAGAGGUCCUGUUGUGCAUCAAACCUGCAAGGAGGAUGGGUUUUUCUUCAUACAUGAUGCCAUUAGAUAUGUUAAUAGUGUCAUUUAUUUUACUAUCAAAUAUUUCUCCCAGGAAAGACCUCAGGUUUGGUGCCCUCAAGACAUUUCAGGGGAGUGAACACGACAAUUUCAUUUUUAUCUGUAAAAAGGGGGGGAACACUUUUCUUAAUUUUAGCUUUGGAUGAAAUGUUUCAAUGUUAAACGCAUUUAGUUUAAGUUCACAAUACUUCAAUGUAAAUUGAUUUGUACAUUUUGUAAUUUUUAAUUGUGUACAAGCACUAUGCAAUGUCUUGCAUGCGGUAUCUGCAUACAAUUGACUUCCUUUGUAUCAAAAUUGAUUUUCAUACAUUAAAUAUGAAUUUAUAUUUAGUAUUUUUGCCAGAAUGGUAGACAACUAGAAUAGUUAGUUAAACCUGUGACACAAAAAUUUUUUGAGUCGUACAUGUAUUCAUAUUACAAUUUAAGAAAGCCUGCAUGUAGAAAGUCAUUUCAUCCAAUUAUUUCCCAACUACAAAAUUUGCAAUAUUCAGCUGUAGAACAAACUUUUCAAAAACUGGUGAGAUUGUUCACCGAUCACAAAACAGGUAGCAAUGUUUGAAUAAAAUCAAAUUUUGAAAAUAA